CCACGCUCACCAGUCGACCUUCAGAUCUCGUAGGGGAUGUGGCGUUACGCGAACGCAGCAGGAGUUUGCCCCAUCCUUGUUAUUUUCCAUUAUUGUGUACUGUGAUUUUUAGCUACUUAAGCGAUUAUUUUUAUUAGAAUCCUAAUGGGUUGAACACGCUCUUGAUAAUUCAAGAUUAAUGGAAAAAUAUUAGUGUUUAUCGGGAGGAUAUCUCAGCUUUACAGCACAACAAACUAACUAGUCCUUCUCAACACCGCUGCCAUGAAUCGAUAUCGAAGGCAUUCGUUUCACAGCACGGAAACAUACAGCAAGCCCCGUCUAUUCUCCAGCUUCAAGAAUUCAUCAGUUAUCCAUGACAAUGAGGAUCAAAAAGAAAACACCCAACGGAAGAGACUUCUAUCAGAUUCUGCAAUUAUUCAGUUUACCAAGGCACGAUCCUUCCCACGUGAGGCUCCUUGGGGAUCAGAGCAAAAGAUAGUGACUCCCGCCUACCAUGAGCUUCCAAUACAAUCAGAAGAGUGUGAGGGAGUGAAAGGAGUGAGUGAACAGCCUCUGGACCAGUCUCCCCCAGUUGUCUUGCGACGCAGGACCUGCUCUGCCAUUGAGAAACGCCGCUCACCAGAUCAACGAUUCUCAGAGACACAGCUGGUGAAGUCCGUAUUUGCUCGUCACCGCAUCAUUCCUGCAACCUUUGCAAACUAUCGGUACACCAAUGCCCUUGAGAUUGUCUUGCCUGAAGUGCUUCGCAGGAUCUUCUUCUACAAGUACGGAGGACCUUGUAACCUUACAUUGGAAGAGUAUUUUACCCAGAAUUUGCAGUAUAGCCGUGAGAAACUAAAAUCAAUCUUUGGCAGUACUUUGAGAAAGAAACUUAAUGUCAAACCUACUGAACUAACUUGCAAUGAUGUGUCAUUAUGGUACAAGCUGCUACAGGUUGGAUGUAACUUGGCUCCUCCAGAGAGUAUGGUCUGGUAUGAAGAUGGUUUUGACAAUGAUAGUCUGGAACACAUUUUGUGGGAACUGAAGGAAAUGAGGAAUGUUCGUGUCCACGGCGAGACCAGUGCUUGUACUCUCACCAUCCCAGAGUAUCUAGACCGUCUUCAGAAGCUGAAGGAACUGUGUCAGUUAACAAUCAAAGCUGCAUCUGGUGAAACUGGAGAUCUGGAUCAUUUUAUGGAGGAGAUCAAGAAGGAUUUGGGACAGUACGAACUAGAUAUUGCUUCUUUACCACUGAAUUGAUGAAAAUAAAAUAGAAAUUCGAUACUACAGUGUUUUUAAAAAUGAAGUGCUUCCCCGGCAAAGUUCUUUAAAUCAAUUGCCACCUUGUCCUCAAAACUACUGUAUUUUGCUUUUAUUUUUUCUCAUAUUUAGUUGUGCAUUUCAACUAUUAUUAGUGAAUAUGCCAUAUGGAUAUGAUCACAUUUUUUAUAUAAAAUGUUUUAUAGCUGUAAAAGAAGAGUGAUGACCAAGGAACUUUCCAAAACCGAGAGGAACAUGUGACGAAUAUUUAAUUUUUUUUUUAACAUUUUGUUAGGAACAGAACGUUGAAUAAAACACAAGUAGAUGAAGAGUGUAAAGACUACUACACAAGCACAGACCUUAGGGUGUGCCGCCUAUGCCCCCCAAUGAGUCACCCAGCUCAUUAGACAGUAGAUUACUCAUUGUUGCUAGAACUGUACAUUUGACUGAAGUUAUGUAAGGCUCAUUAAUCAUGCGAAAUUUUACUUGCCAGUUCUUCAUUUAAGUAUAAGAACAGUUUGUUAAGCCACCUUCCAUUGUAACAGGACCACUGGGAUGUAAAUUGUGGCCGUUUAUGUUAAAAAGAUACUGACAAGAUGAAAAUUGCUACUGUAUAUUUUAAAAUACAAUAUGCACAGGCAAUUGGGUCGGGAUAAUGUUGUGGCCAAUGCAUUUAUGGUUUAGAUGGUCUUGGAUUAUAACAUGUAAUGAGGCGAGUGUCGACAUCAGAUGCCAUGACCGGUGCACAGACAACUCCAGUUAUUUUUAACUAAUCGGUAAUCAUAAUUAAUUUGUUCCGGUAUUUCUUAGUGUAGCCGCAUCUCAGAUUUUACUUCGACAUAUUACCACGGAAACCGCAGCCCUACCACCAACAUGCAUACGUAAAUCACUAUUCCCGAUAUUGACGUCAGCUUUAAGAAAAGUGCUUUGUAUCCUCCUAUUCUUCAACUGCUCUAAAGAUAUUGACAGUGGUGGAACAAACACUUAAUAUUUAACAUUGACCCGAAGGAAAACUCAAUUGGAAUGAGGUCAAUAGACAUUACGGUACUGUACUUUGCAAUUGUGUAUGUUACCUUUUGCUCUAGCAGUGUUAGUUUCUUUAUAAGAAAUAUUUGAACUCAGGAACAUCGUUUGUAGUAGCCCAGAAAAUUCCGGGGAUGUGGGGAGUUUUUCCGGGUUUGAGAUGAAAAUCAGGCUCAUUUUCUGGAAAUUCCGAGAAAAAAUUUCCGUUACCCGGAAGAUUCCAGGGACGAGAGAUUUUUUCUGGCUUUGAGAGAGUCACCUCGUUACCCGGAAAUCUCUCCUUCCCAGAAGUGCUCUGCACCAAUUGUUUCGGCUAACGGGAUAUCACUGUAUAUAUAUCCUUACACUAAUAUUGAAAAUGUUCGGUACAAAGAUCUAACACAUUUUAUUCCCCUCAAUGAGAUUUACUUAGGAGCUAAAGUUACUGAAGCUAUUGCACACAACACUCAUGGUUUGUCAAAGGAAGGUCUUGAAGCUUUUCAAAAAUGCUGUUUGAUCUUUUUUGAUUGAGUGUGAAUAAAAUUUGUAACAGAUUUCCCUUUAAAGAUGCAUUGUUUAAACACUUGAGAGUCAUUGAUGUCAUAACUGUGAUGCAGACAAGUGAGGCUUCUAUUGCACCAUUAGUUGGUUCACUUCCUGGAAUCAUAGAAGCUAACAAAUUAAAUGAGAUAAAUAUGGGCUGGAGACUUACUUAGGAACACUGUACUUGAUAUGGAAGAGAAUAUUGACUCAAAGAUUUUGGCAAACAAUUAAGAAAAUGAAAAAAGGAGACGGAACACCAAUGUUUCCUCUGUUGUAAUUUUUGACGUCUUGUGUAUUAUUCCUUCCACAUUCAAGUGCUGUUGCUGAGAGAAUCUUUUAGCAGUAAACAAAAUGAAAAUAAAACAGAAAUUCACUGCCAACAAAAACAAUAGUUGGAUUACUCCUCAAUGCUACUUGAAAGAGGAUUCUUGUUUCAGUUUCACAAUUGACAACAACCUUAUUAGGAAUACGAGAUAUGUGUGGUGAUAAACAGUGAUUCAGACUGAAAUGUUUAUACAAAGAAAGUAGCUACUGUAUACAGGUAUGUUAUGGUAAAAUGGUUGAAUUAAAUACUAAAUGAUGGUGUAUAUUUAGGUUAAGCAGCAUGUACUUCACUUAUAAAUUCAAGUACUGUCUACACAUUUGUUAUAGUAAAAUGGUAAAAAUAGAUAGAUUGAAAAGAUUUUUAGGUGUCAACAGCAUUCUGAGCUACGAUUUUGGUCACCAAAGUGUUUUUGUAAAUUUUUUCAAGCAUGAAGUCCAUAUAAUAAACUAAAAGGAAACCAC